CCCUUGCGUGAGCUGCAGCUGCAAGUGGAUGCAGUGCACAGCCUGGCUCAGCAACUCGGGUUAAGCGAUGCGCGCAGAGAAGCCUCCCAUGGACGACCGCGCAGGCAUCCAUUGCUGGCCACGGCCAUGUUUUCCAUGCGUGUCAUUGCUUUGCUCGCAGCAAUGUACCUUGGUGGACAAUACUUUGUUCGCUACAGCCCUUCAUCAUUCCGUUCAACAGUGCAGCUGUUUAAUCAAGUAUUUGCUUUGAAGCAGCUUGAGCAGCCUGGUGAGCUGCCUGAAGAGCAUCGGUUCAAUUGGUUGCCAUCCGUUGUCCUUUCCUUGCCAUAUCUAGCGCUGAUACUUGUUCUUGUGUGGGACUUGGGCAGCUUUCAGGCAAAAUAUCGGAAGCUAAAACCCACUCAGCUGUUGUAUGAGAAGUACUUUGGUGUGCGAGGGCGGUUCUACAGCAUCAAGGUGGCCAUACUACAGCUUCUAACUGUGCUGCUCCAGGCUUUUGGAAAGCUUCAGAUCUUGGGUGGAAUCGUAUCCCUUUCACUGCAGCAAUCAAAACUCUCGGAUGUGCUUGAACGCUGCUUUUGGACUUUUGUCGGCUUCCUUUGCCUGAACAGCCUCUAUCCAAGCAUUUUAUUUGUGUACCCCUCAAGGAAGUGGGCACGACUGGGGGGGGCAAUGAUGGAUGCUAUUCUUGAUAUGGCCUACACCAUCACGUACCUCGUUUUUACCUUGCUUGCCAUCUAUGAGCUAGGAUUGGAGCAAGAAAUAUCAGGGAAUUUCGGUGAUGAAGAAGCAGUGAAGUUUACUGCGAAGUUGGAUCCAGCUUUGGCCUUUCCUUCGGACUUCUUGGGAUACUUUGCUGUCUACUAUUCGGUUGCCCAUGUUUGUACCGUUUGCCGUGCUCUAGAAGGGGUAGGACGUUCAACAAUGCCACCAAGCUUGCAAGGCUCUACUUCAUCACUGUUGCGCAGAGCAAGUCUUCUUCGUCUCAAGAAAUGCAAAGUAGUUUGCAAAGCACUGUACUCACCUGUCUUGCUGAUAGCCAUCUUCAGUUUGCUGCUUUCAAGCAACUCCUACCCUGGUCACUCAAAAGACUUCGGAUGCUUUCCAUGCCAUUGCUCGAAAGACUUUGGUGACUUUCAACAGCUUGAAAGCUGUGGCCUCGCAGGUGUUCUCCGCCUUACAGAUGUGAGUCUAAGCGGUAAGAACAUCAGCAAUGUCAGAGAGGGCGCCUUUGAGUCUUCGCGUCGCUUGCAGCGCUUGUCGCUUUCGGGGAAUCCCUUGUAUUUUUUGCCCAAGAAGAUCUUUUGGCCGCUCAAAGACUUGCAACUCUUGGACCUGGGUCGGAUGGGUUUGCAAAGUGUAGAGUCUGAGACUUUCGAAGGUUUGUCUGGAUUGAAAGUUCUUUCGCUCAGUCAAAAUGAAUUGCAGCAGCUCCCAAAUGACCUCCUUUACCCAAUGCCAGCCUUGGAACAGUUAUUGCUCGGGGGCAACAUUGAAGGGCGCACACGCAUUGAUGGAAACCAAUUGGAAGCUCUGCCGGCUGAUCUUUUUCAGCGCAGUCCUUGGCUGAGGGUUCUGGACCUUAGCGAGAACCAAUUGAGGGCACUUCCAGCACAGAUAUUUGGACACACCCCGUUGCUGCGGACGCUUGACCUGGGAUCCAACGAUCUCAUAGAGUUGCCCUUAGACGUUUUCGAGGGUUUGAGCAAUUUGCAGACACUUGACCUGGGGGGAAACAACUGGAUCAUUGAGUUGCCCUCAGGCAUUUUUGCCGGCUUAAGCAAUUUGCGGAUGCUUGAUCUGGGACGCAACAAUCUCAGAGAACUGCCCUCGGACGUCUUUAAAGGCUUGAGCAAUUUGCAGAUGCUUGAUCUGCGACAUAACGUGCUCAGAGAGUUGCCCUCAGAUGUCUUUGCAGGUUUGAGCAAGUUGGAGACGCUUGAUCUGGGAUUCAACUGGCUCGGCGAACUGCGUUCAGAUGUGUUUGUAAAGGUAUUGUCGGGCCUGAGCCGCCUCAGCCAUUUGCAAACGCUUGACCUUCGCAGCAACUU